CGGGGUUCACUGUGGAGCCAUGUGCUGAUGAGGAGGUAGUGGGUGAUAGUGACAGGAAGCUGUUUCAUUCGAUGGUUGGGUCGCUGAAUAUUGCUGCAAAUCAUACACGGCCUGACAUUGCAUUUGCUACAUCACGAUUGGCUAGUGUGGUCUCACGCCCUAGUCAUGAGCAGCUGGAAGCGGCCAAGAGGUUGGUCCGCUAUGUGAGCGCUACGGCAUCAGUGGGAUUGGAGUACAGUGGAGUGAGGCAGCGGUUGCAGAGAGGUGCUGCAGAUGUGAAGAGUGGAGAGAUGCUCUUGAGUUGCUAUACUGGCGCUAGCUUCAACUCAGUGAAAGCGGAUGGCACCAGCAUUGGGGGUUAUGUGUGCUUGCUAGGAGGUGGUGCUGUGAGCUGGCGCAGCAAGAAGCAGAAUGAGGUGGGAUUGUCCUCAUGUGAGACUGAGUACAUGGCCUUACACCAUGGGGCCAAGGAAGUGGUGUGGCUGAUGCGCUUGUUAGAGGAGUUGGGAGUUGGUCAGGAGGAGCCGACAGUUGUGUUCUGUGACAAUGAGUCUGCUGUGAAGCUCGCCAAGAAUGCUUGUCUGCAUGGGCUGACAAAACACAUAAGGCCUAAGUGGCACUGGGUGAGGAGACUCCUUGAUAAGGAGGUGCGGCUGGAGAUAGUGAAGACCCAUCAGCAGGCAGCAGAUAUUUUCACCAAGCGUCUGGCGGAGGCGGAUCAUUGGAAGGGCAUGAAGCUUGCUGGGAUGAGUGUGCAUUGAGUAUGCAUGCUUGAGAUGUUGGUAUGGUGGAUGAUGGUUGGCAGCCAGAGGGGGAGAUUGUUGUGUGAUGUCAUCAUAUGCUAUCACAUUCUGUCUGCCUCCCAUCCCAUAUUUUUUUCAACUUGCAUGUGUGGUUUGAACGUGUGCAAGAAUUUGUGUGUGAUGUGUUCUGGAGUUUGGGAAUGUGUUUUGUGUUAUUUUGUUUGAGCAGGUUUUUUGUGAUGAUAGAUCUUGAGAAGAUCUUUCCGACGCAACGAGAAUCCCUUCAAUCGGA